GACAAAUAAAAAACACAAACUGGUCAUACAUCCAAAUAAUUUCCAUAUUUUUUAUUUUAUUUACUAUCUCAUGGUGAUAUAAUAAUGAACACAAAAAGCUCAUAUGAGCCGUGCUAUUAUUGCUGCAAGUUCUAUGUGGUGAUAUUAAAUAGUUGAUAUUUCCUCCAAAAUAUCACCAGUUUCCUCCAAAAUUGGGAACUUCAGUGCAUUCGCUUCAUAUACUUGAGAAAGCUAUUCAAAGAGCUGCAUAAAUUUACUUGUUCAAAGAGUGAUCUAUUUAUGUUUCAUCAUAGCAUUCAGAAAAGUUAAAGAGAUGUCUGGAUUUUCAACAGAUCAGGUGUUCAAGUCUCGUGAAGAGUUGAUGGAAUGGGUUAGAAACACCGGACGUAGUCUUGGUUACGCUAUUGUGACUAAAAGAUCGAAAGCUAAAAAUGGCUACGUGUCUAAAGUUGUACUUAUGUGUGAUCGUGGUGGUGUGUAUAAAUCAGAUAAAGAUUCAAGUAGAGAGACCGGCACUAGAAAGAUAAAUUGCCCGUUUGAAAUGGUAGCGAAAUUUUCAAAAAAGAAUGGUUCUUGGACGUUAAAAGUAAAACCUGGUGAGCAUAAUCAUCCACCCGGAGAAUAUAUGGAGGGACACCCAAUCCUCAAACGAUUGACACCUAAUGAACACCAAUUGGUGGCAGAGUUGACGGGGAAGGGUGUGUUCCCAAAAGAUAUUUUAGGUGUUAUCAAGGAGCGUGAUGAAAAUAAUGUCUCUACAAUUAAAAACAUAUAUAACGCACGUGAUAAAAUUCGAGCAACGGAUCAUAAAGGGAAAUCUUUGAUGGAGGUGCUAAUGUCUCAUUUAAAUGAUAAAGGGUUUUUUGAAAUUUCUACCAAUAGAGUUUCAAACAUGUUGGAAGACUUAUUCUUUGUUCCUAAAAUCUCAUACAAGUACUUCCUUGAUUUUCCACAUGUGUUGCUUAUGGAUGUCACAUACAAUACGAACAAGUAUAAAUUGCCUUUUCUUGAAAUUGUUGGUGUAACUUCUACCAACAAGACAAUCUCCAUAGCUUUUGCAGUUAUGCGUAAAGAAACAGAGGAGAAAUAUCUUUGGGCAUUAAACUGUUUAAAAUCAACUCUAGAUGAGAGGAGCAUGCAACAACCACGUGUUAUAGUUACGGACAGGGAGUUAGCUCUGAUGAAUGCAUGCGAGAAAGUUUUUCCGAAUGCUACCCGAUUACUUUGUAGGUGGCACGUUUCUCAAAGUAUAUUUAGAAACUGCAAAUCAUUUUUCACCACGGAUCAUGAUUGGAAAAUCUUCAAUAUAAUGUGGAAUGCACUCGUUAUCAUCAUUAUUAUCUUUGCAGAUGUUUUGGAUUACUUGAAUAGUACUUGGUUAAACAAGUAUAAAGAAAUGUUUGUGUCCGUAUGGACUAACGAAUGCUUACAUUUCGAAAAUCUGACAACUAACAGAGCUGAAAGCCAACAUGCCAAGCUAAAAAAAUUCUUGAAUUCAGCAAAUUGUACCUUAGAUAAGAUUGUUCGUCACAUUGAUGAAGUAGUGAACUCGCAAUAUACAAUUGUUAAAGAUAGCUUCGAAAAAAGUAGAACUGUUCUAAUGCAUAAACACAACCUACCAAUGUUGAAGCUAUUACAUGGCUCUGUUUCUCAUGAAGCACUUGAUAUAAUAAUAGCAGAGCGUCAUUUAAAGCGUUCACAUUGUCGUUGUCAAGUUCGUAAGUGUUAUGGAUUACCAUGUGCUUGUGAAAUCUCAAAGUAUAAGAAAGCAGGUCAAUCUAUUCCUUUAGAUUCGGUCAAUGAAUUUUGGAGGAAACUCGAGUUACCAUUAUAUUGUGAGGAUAUUACUUGUGACGUCGAGUUGGAAAGUUUUAAACAAGCCUUCGAUAAGCGAUCCAUGCCUGGAAAGAAAUGUUUACUACAAAAGUUAAAAGCAUUAACCAAUCCAAAAUUGCAAGGAGAGUAUCCAAUUGCCAGCACAAACAACCUAUGGAAAUUAAUGAGAGAAAAUGAUGCAGCUGGCUGGGAGAAUAUAUUUGAAUCACGUCAAAAUAUGUAUAAGUCUUGGAUAGCACAACCUGCUACAUUUGGGGGGAGUAUAGAUUAA